AUGGAUCCAAUUUUAAAAGAUUCUUUAAUAAAAUAUAUAAAAGAGGGAGAUAAAAGUAAUGCAUUUGCAACAAUAGAAGAAAUUGAAAAAAAAUUUGAAAAUGAAAAAAACAAAAAUAAUUAUUAUUUAAAAAUUGUACCAAAUGCUCAGAUAUUAAAAAAUUUUUUUAAUUCAUUCAAUUUUUAUAGUAAAGAAUCCAAAGGAAAUAAAGAUAGUGAUAGCUACAUGGAUAAUAAUAUGAACAAAAAUAAUGAUUAUAAUAGUAAUAAUAAUAUAAAUAAUAAAGAGAAUAUUAGAGGCAGCUCUGAUAGUAUAUCACCAAAAAUGAAAAAGAAAAAGAAAAAUAAAAGUAAAACAAUUUAUUUUUAUUCAAAUAUGGAUGAUCAAGACUAUUACUCUUCAAUUUCAAAUUUCUUUGCCUCCCAAUUCCCAAUUAUCAAACAAGAGACUAAAAAAUCAAAAUUUUUAAUAUUAGAAAAAUUUAAUGAUAGCAUAGAUACUGCAUAUAGUGACGGCGAUAGUGAUGGCGGUAGUAGCAGUGUUCCCCAAACUGAUGAAAAGAAAACCAUCCUGUAUGUUAAAAGCUGUGGUGCCAUAAGACUUAACUGUGAUUCAUUUCAAAAAGAUAUCGAAUCAUUGGCUUCAAAUCAGAACCAUACCGUUAUUUUGGUAAUAAUUUUAAUAGGAUCAAAUGCUGAAUCUAUUUUAAUUGACUACCCAGGUUAUAAAAUAUUUUUCAAUACUUUUCAAAAUAGAGUCUGUGAAAACGAUUUUAAUAUGGAAUCAUUAAAAACACUUUAUACAUUAAUUAAUUAA